AACUGUGCAAGGUGGGAGUGACCAGGCGGCCACAUGGAGGUGCCACCAGUCAGCCAGGCGGGAGAAAGAGGCACUUCUCCACUGCAGCCACCGUGGAAACAGAAACCCGGGGAGAUGAGGCCACAGCCCCUAGAGCCUCAGCUGGGACUGUGCCCAGACCCACCCGACCUCAUGCCGCAGAGUCCACAGGGGCCUGGACACGAAGGAGGCGCUGCUCCAUCUCAGGGAUCAGCCGGCGAGGUGCCAGGGCUCCCAGCUUCUAACCUCUGGUCCUGCCCGGACGGGAGCUUUGUCAAGAAGAUCAUCACCCGGGGCCGUGGCUUGGACAAACCUAAGCUAGGCUCCCGCUGCCGGGUGCUGGCUUCUGGGUUUCCUUUUGGGUCCGGGCCUCCUGAGGGCUGGACGGAGCUGACCAUUGGUGUGGGGGCCUGGAGGGAGGAGACAUGGGGGGAGCUUGUGGAGAAAUGCUUGGAGUCCAUGUGUCAGGGCGAGCAGGUGGAGCUGCAGCUCCCUGGACACUGUGGACCUCCUGUGGGGCUCACGCUGGCCUCCUUCACUGCCGGCCGGGACUCCUGGGAGCUGGCGGCCAGCGAGAAGGAGGCCUGGGCCAGGGAAGAACGAGACAGGGGUACGCAACUCUUCCGAGCUGGGAACCCUCAGGGGGCCGCCAGGUGUUACGGACGGGCCCUCCGGCUGCUGCUGACCCUGCCCCCACCUGGUCCCCCAGAACGGACAGUGCUGCACGCCAAUCUGGCUGCCUGUCAGUUGCUGCUGGGGCAGCCCCAGUUGGCGGUGCAGAGCUGUGACCGGGUCCUGGAACGGGAGCCUGGCCACGUGAAGGCUCUGUACCGCAGGGGGGUUGCACAGGCGGCCCUUGGGAACCUGGACAAAGCAGCUGCUGACCUCAAGAAGGUGCUGAGCAUGGAUCGCAAAAACCGGGCUGCCCAGGAGGCGUUAGAGAGGGUGGUACGUCUGGAGAAGAAGCAGGAGGCGGGGCUGGCUCAGGGGCUGCGCAAGAUGUUUGGCUGAUUAAAGUUUGGAA